GGCGGUGAGGUCGAGUGGAGUCGAGUCGCAGCGGGGUCGUUGGAGCAGCGGCGAGGCCGCCAUGUCGAGCGGGGCGCCGGGCAGCUCCGUCUCCGACCCGCAGCACGCGGCGCGGCUGCUGCGGGCGUUGAGCUCCUUCCGGCAGGAGGGCCGCUUCUGCGACGCCAACCUGGUUCUGGACGGGCAGGAGAUCCCGGUGCAGACCAACAUCCUGGCCGCCGCCAGCCCCUACGUGCGAACAAAGCUGAACUAUAACUCUCCCAAGGAUGAUGGAUCUGUGUAUAAAAUUGAACUUGAAGGGAUAUCUGUGGAUACCAUGAAAGAGAUUCUGGACUACAUCUUCAGUGGUCAGAUCAAGCUAAGCGAAGAGACCAUCCAGGAUGUGGUACAAGCUGCUGACCUGUUGCUGCUUACCGACCUAAAGAAGCUGUGUUGUGAGUUUCUGGAGGGUUGCAUUGCUGCGGAAAACUGCAUUGGCAUUCGGGACUUUGCGCUACACUACUGUCUACUCCACGUUCACUACCUGGCCUCGGAGUACCUUGAAACGCACUUCCGGGACGUCAGCAGCACGGAAGAAUUCCUAGAACUCACUCCUCAAAGACUCAAAGAAGUGCUGUCUUUGGAGAAGUUGAACGUUGGGGAUGAAAAACAUAUUUUUGAAGCAGUCAUUCGGUGGAUUUCCCAUGAUCCUGAAUUAAGAAAGGUUCAUAUGAAGGAUGUUAUGUCGGCUGUGUGGGUCACUGGAUUGGACUCUACUUACUUGCGUGAACAAAUGAUGAAUGAGCCAUUGGUUCGGGAGAUUGUCAAAGAAUGUAACAACAUUCCACUCACCCCACCCCAGCAAGAGGAGGCGAUGCUGGCUUCUUUUAAACCCCGAGGAUACUCGGAGUGCAUCGUGACUGUCGGAGGUGAAGAAAGAGUCUCCAGGAAGCCUUCAGCUGCAGUGCGAUGCAUGUGCCCUUUGUAUGACCGUCACAGACAAUUGUGGAUAGAGCUGGCUCCUAUGAGUACACCCAGGAUAAACCACAGUGUGCUUUCUGCAGAGGGGUUCCUGUUUGUCCUGGGAGGUCAAGAUGAAAACAAAACUACCCUGAAUUCGGGCGAAAAGUACGAUCCAGAUGCAAAUACGUGGAGCCCCUUGCCACCGAUGACUGAGGCCCGGCACAAUUUUGGUCUGGUCGAGAUUGAUGGGGUGCUGUACGUUUUGGGAGGUGAGGAUGGAGAACAGGUGCUCACUUCCAUGGAGUCCUAUGACAUUUACAAUAGGACAUGGACAAAGCAACCGGACUUAACAAUGAUUAGGAAGAUUGGUUGCUAUGCAGCUAUGAAGAAGAAGAUCUACGCGAUGGGCGGGGGUUCAUAUGGAAAGCUGUUUGAGUCUGUGGAAUGUUACGACCCAAGGACUCAGCAGUGGACAGCCAUCUGCCCACUGAAAGAGAGGAGGUUUGGGGCUGUGGCGUGUGGUGUGGCUUCAGAGCUCUAUGUCUUUGGUGGAGUGAGAAGCCGUGAUGACAAUCAAACCAGUGAGAUGGUGACGUGCAAAUCGGAAUUCUACCACGAUGAAUUUAAAAGAAUUCCCCAGCCAUGUGUGGCUUCUCCGACUUCCCAAACUAACCUUGCCGUUCGAUUAGGUACCAGUUACGAUUACGUUCGGGAAUUCCGAAGAAGCACCGGGACGUGGCACCCAACGAAACCCCUCUUCCCGUCCUACCUCCGCCACACCGGAUGUGCCGCUUUGCGCAUCGCCAACUGCAAACUCUUCCGCCUCCAACUCCAGCAGGGGCUGCUCCUCUCCCUCCGCGCCCGCGUCCCUUCUCCUUGA